CGGUCCGUGCGUCCGUCAAAGAUUGCGUCAACCGCGUUUGCCUUUCAUUCAUCCAUCCAUCCAUCCAUCCUCCUUCCUUCGUUGUUGCAUCACUUUCUCAACCUUCUUUCCAUCUUCUCCAUGGAUUAUCCCUUCCUUCGUACUUCCAAACUAUACUCCAUACGUCUUUCUGAGAGCUCGAAGGAAGCCUGGAAGACAAGACUUGUUAAUUGUGGAGUUCGACUUAACAGUCUUGACGAGAUCGUAUAUAGUUCAAUUUAGAUCGGAUUAUAACCAGUUGAAGAAAUCACUUGCCGCCCUAAGUCGGCAAUCGUUACAGUCAUUAUUAAGCACCUUCUGUAUAAGGGCACGGACAUCCAAAUAAGAAACCCCAGGAAUUUAGAAUUGCUGCCUUAAUCCCUUUAUAAGAUGGAUCCUGACUUGGAAGACAUCGGUUUCUCCUUCGCCAAGCCUGACUGUGCUCCCAAAAAUUCAUUUGAAUCCAUACGAUCUAUGAAGCCCUUCCUUCCUUCCAACUCAAAUGCGGCUAGCAACAAUUACACCCGUCUUCCAGGCAGAAAUACUGGGUCUGACUCGUCGUCAUCUGCGGCAACGAUUGCAGCAAGGCCUCAUGGGAUGUUCCCCUCCUUUCGUUUCCAGAACGCCCAUCCUCUCUCACAAAGCAUCUUACCUGAAAAUUCCCAUUCACCGUCCUCAGUUUCGACGGGGGCAGUUACUGCGGCCUCCGCUGAUGGGGUCGUGGCCUCAAAGUCACCCUCAGCUACCGCUCCAGAGACGCCGAAUGUAAAGGGCAAGGCCUCUACACCUCAACUGCCUUUUGGUGGACCAGGAAGGCGGUUACUACCUACCGAAUCCGCCCCUUUCCAAACUCCUACUUCAUCCCGAACACCGUUUGCCUCAAAAGGCUUUAGUCCAGCUCAAACAAACCUUGCUCCCGAACACCAAUCAUAUUCCUCCCUAUCUUUACCUUUUUCCACUCCUAACCCAGCGAAGCAGGGGAACCAGAUCAUGAGCGGUGCGAAUACCCAUAAAGUGACGAUGGCGACCGAGAAUCCACAUAGACAUAGUCGUGGAUGGGCGGAGCCGCCAAUGAAAGAUAGGGCCAAAGACGAGGAACUAUUUCACCGAGAAGCGCGGGAAGAGGAUAAGGAAGUCACCAUGGAAGUCGAGGAUGGGCAGACUUAUGAACAAGAUAAUGAAGACGGAACGUUGGAGGUGGAGAAGCGAGAGACUUAUGAGUCGACUAUUAGACAGGACGAGAUGGAAGAGGAUCGGAGAAACGCAUACAAUAUGGGUCGCAGAGAAGAACGCACGGAAGUAGCAACUGGGCAGCAAAGCCACCCUUCCCACGAAAACAAUGGACAAGACAUAAAGGCCACCUCCCGCCAUGACCUAUACCAAGACGAGUCCCAUGAAGCCCUUUAUCCCGAGUCUCUUCCAUCCCAAAUAGCUGACAGCGGCUUACCAUCGUUUCGACGCGACGCUCACAACUCUUCGGAGCUGCUGGGUCAUGGUCCUUCCCUCCCUCCUGCUCAACGACAUUGUCACACUAAACAUAGUUCUUAUAAAACUCCCGAUCGACCGCCUCCUUCGUCCACUUUCUGUUCCUUGUCCAAUCCUAAGCCAGUUCCUCGUUCGAUGAGCUUUUUAGAAGGUGUAUCCAACCAUGACAUAUCUGGCUGUGCAACGGCCAUGUUCAAACCUUCGGUUCCGCCACUGACAAAACAGCAACAAAAAAAGGACAAUGACGUCGAUCAAGGUAGAUCUACAUUGCCAAAAACAACGGCCGAUCUGAGAGUUGAGUUGGAGAAGGGGGGCGGAUCCGAACAAAUGCUUUUGAUGAUGCUGCAGACGAAGAAUGGAGAAAUCGAUAACUUGAAAGACGAAAUGUUUCGUUUGCAGGAGCUGAUUGGGGCCAAACAAUCCUUAAACGAUGACCUCGCCCAAGAGACGAAACGUCUAGAAGAUAUUUACAAACAAAGCGAGCAAAUCUGGAAGACUAGUAUCGGCAACGCUAAAAAAUGGAGGGACACCAUCAAGCAAAAAGAGAUGUCUAAAAAUCAAGCGUUGAAGGAACUCAAAGAUGGCUACGACGAACAGAGUCACACCUACUCUGAAGCGCUCGCCAGUCUUUCAAAAGAGUUCAUCGCCUUUCGAGAAGAAAGUAUGACGAAAACCAAAGAAGAUCUCGAGGUACAUUCAUCCACCUUGGCAAAUAUCCGAACUGCAUUGCAAAGCGUUAAAGAAGACCUCACAGCAAACAGUAAUGCUGUCGAAGAACUUCAAAAUACCAAAAGCCUCAAUGCUCAUCUGGAAGACGAAAUGAAAGCCAAGAACGAAGAGCUCAGUUUCGCGAGGAAUCAGGCCUCGGAGCUUCAGGAUAAGCUUAAGACGUUUGAGGAAACACUUGCCCCCAAUCUUGAGCGCAUGAUGGGUGAUAUGAUCCAGGUUAAAGCGUCCGCUUCAACCAAUUCACAAGCCUUGGAAGCCGCUUUACUGGCUCAAAAAGAGCUUUACGAGGAACUUUCUGAAAAAGAAAAGGAGAACGUAGCCCUUCGGCAAGAAUCUCAAGAAAUCAGAUUUGUGAGAGAUAACCUCGAUAGCCAACUGCGAGAAGCUGCGAACUAUUACCACGCCUUGGGUUGUGAAGCGAAAAAUCUCAAAGACAUGGUGCAGGAGCUCGAGAGGAAGCAUAAAGAAGCUCUGCAGAAGGGUGUAGCGAAAACUGAGACGGUUGAAAGGGAGUGGAAACAUAAACUGGAGUUAGCGGAUACUCAUGUUUCGAAUCUCGAGAAAUCACUAUCUUCUAUCAAAGCCGACGCCCAUUUAUUUGCUCAACGUGCUGUCCAGACUGAAACGGAUCUCAAGGCUGACCUCGUUGCACGUAGCUCGGAGGGUCAAGCGAGGAUACAUAGUCUUGAGAAGGAGUUGAAGGUUGCUGUGACUGAGCGAGAUAAGUUGAUUAGGUCGCUUGAUGAGACGAGAGCCAGAGAGCAGACUUUGAAAGAUAAAAUCACCGGCCUGACGCAGUCGACAAAGGAGUCCCAGCUUCAGCUCCAGGGCGCCCAGGCAUCGUUGCAAGACGCUCGAAAACAAGGUCAUAUCCUAGAAGACCAAGUUAAGAGUCUCAUUAAGCAACUCGAAUCUCGAUCGCAGAAGAGCGAAAGUGCGAUGAAGUUCGAUGACCAUUUUAAGCGCCUUCAAAUUAAGCUCGAGGAACUGCAGUCGACGCAAGGUAAUAUUCUGGAGCUCGAACGGGCAAAGGCUGAGGUCAUUCAUAAGCAAUCGCGUAUUCAAGACUUGCAGAAAUCCCUUAACGAGUCUCAUUCGACGAUCGAAGACAUCAAUAACGAUAUUAGACGGCUUCGUCUCACCAUAGAUCAAAUAACAGAGGAAAAUGGAAGGUUGAAAAUUGAGAUUGUGGGGCGAGGGCAGAGUGGGAAGGAGCUUGUUGAGCGAUGGGAGAGGGAUGAGCUUAACGCUGAAGAGGUCGUAUUGGUCCAGAAGAUCACCCAGCAAAUACGGCGUGGUGAGCAAGCUAUCUGCCGACAGGAGCUGGACGAGAAGAGUAACGCCGUGAGGAAGCUCGAAUCAAGGUGCAAAAAGCUCGAAGCCCAAAUAUCCGCGCUCUCGCAUGGCAGAAUGACCAGCAACCUUACUACUCCUAGCGCGCUCAGUCGGAUCACCCAUGAAGCGGCGUCUUUGUUGUCCUCACCACUCAGCAAUCCCCCUACCUCUAGCACGGCUGCUUCCCACAUUACUGUUCAUUCCUCGUCAGACUCACCCAAUAGGCCCUCGGCAAAGUCAGCUUCCUCUCCCCUUGCUGCUAUCGCCGUUUCGCACAAGCCAUCUGUUGAAUCAGCCGUCAACCUCGCACCAACAGCCAACUCCAAUUCUACAGCUGCUAACAGCAAGAAACGCCGUUUACUCGACUCCCAGGACGUGGACGAUAGCGAAGAGUCAUUUGGACACGAAGUCAUGAUCGAUGAAAUUUUUGCCAACGUAGAUGAGGCCCUGUUGAAUCACCCGUCAUUAACACAGGGACCCGCGAAGCUCCAGAAGAAGACGCGCUUCGCCGAGAUCAUUGAGCACUCCAGCCCUUCUCCAGACUCGCAACCCGAGGAUGCCGACGACCCUAUCGAUCCCCCGACGUCUCAACCUCAACCCAACCUGCACCAAUUGGCCCCGCCGCCCCCCUCGCAAGUUACUAAGACUUAUGCUCGUAACAAGGGUGCUAUGAGGGCGCGACCAUCUCUGGAGAACGUCACGACGAAUUCGGGCAACGCGAGUGGAGCCACAGGCUACGAAAAAGGAAAUCGAAAGUUGAGAGGUGGGCGGAAGAGCUACUGACGUCUCGGUCACUGGGACCCGAAGGACUAAUUUUAUUGUACUAAUGUGUUGCUUCCUUUCAAGAACUGUAGCAAAUGUUUCGGCGUACUUACUUUGUCCAAUCUACUCGAAAAUAAUUAUGUCGAUAGCGAAGCACUAGUGAUGUCGCGAGUAAUCGGCGGUACCCAUAUGCAAGAUGAUGACUAUGU